CUUCACCUUGCGGACGCAGCGGAAAAUAAUUGAAAAACAGCGAUGUCAAGGAAAGGGUCAACACAGCCUCUCCGCAGUGAGUGACGGACCAUGGCCAGUCGGUGGAGAGAAGGUCAGCGCAGCCGCUCCGGGGACCAUGGCUCCAGCCUGAAAACAGCCGCUGCGCCCCGGCAACAGGAGCCGUCCGGGGACGCCGGGGAGCCGCUGCGAGAGCUGCCGAGAUGGAUGCGGCUUUACCUCUACGGCAUGCACGGCGUGACUCUGGACGUCCUGCUCUCCGCCCUGCAGGGGGUCCUAACCACUCGGGACCCUAAGCUGGUGGGCUUCUCCUCUCCGUACCUGUGCGUCAUGCACGCACUGACCCACUUCGCGCUGGAGAAGGUCUACUCCCAGAAGAAGAGCUUCCGAGGGCGGCCCGUGGUGUUCCACCUGGUCUUUUACCCGUCUGUCUACAUCGGACUGCAGAUCCUCGUCGGGAACAUCAACACUCUGGCGGAACAGGUGCGAGUGGUGUCCGGGACGCAGCUGGUGGUCCACUACAUCCUGGCUUUGUAUUUCUCCCAGGUGUUCCACAGAGGGCUCGCGCACCUGCAGUACCAGCCCAGCGACCCCGGGAGGAGCCGCGGCGGUCCGGAUCAUCAUCGUCAUCAUCAUCGUCAUCAUCAUCAUCAUCAUCAUCCUUCUGGUGGACUUCCCGGGUUCGCCCGGUUCUUGUUCUUCGGCAUGCACGGUUUCCUGGACGAGGUGUUGUUCACGUCUCUGUUCAACCUGGUGGAGAAAGGGGUCAGGGCCGCCCAGGGCCACACGUCCCUGUGGUCCUUCCUGAUGUACGGCAGCUGCAGCUUCGUGGUGGAGAAGCUCUACUUCCACCUGCACUUCGGGAGAGGCUGGGGCACCUGGCGGCGCCUGCCCAUCUACAUCUGCUUCAUCUACACCUGGGAGUUCUGCUGCGGGCUGACGCUGAGGCAGUUUGACGCCUGCUCCUGGGAUUACUCCCACUACCCGCACAAUUUCAUGGGACUCAUCACCCUCCUGUACCUCCCGGGCUGGCUGAUCCUGAGUCUGUACCAGGACGUGCUGUCCAACGUGCUGCUGAGAAUAAGGUGCACCAAAGAGCCAGACUGCAUGAGUGUGGAGAAUGGAGAGGUCAACGGACCAUUGGAGUCGAAGAAAAAAUAACUCUUGAUGCAAAAUCAGCUUCCUGGCAGACCUAUUAAAAAAGGAUUCAGGUUCACCUCAGCAACUUGGACCAUCUACAAUGAGUUCAUACGUUUCUGUGAUUCCAUUCAAAAUGUGAAACUCACAUUUUGAUCUACAGGUUUAAUAUCUGAAGCAUUCGCUAGCUUUGAGAAUGAUGGCUUCCCAAAAUUCAGAUUUUCAAAAGUGACAAACAGUGAGGAAGGCUGGCUCCUUAUUUGUGUAAAAUGUAAAAGAGGUAUAUUUUCCAGUUUACAACUAAUGGAAACACUCAGUCUUUGAAAGGUAUCAACUAAUUUGAACAGAAAAAUCACACAUACAAAGUAUACCUGUGUACUAUGCAAUGUAAUGACUAAGCCCAAGUUGUUUCAGAUUUGACUUUUUUUUCUUCUACACUUUUACCUUCCACUAAACUUUCCAACAAUGGGCUUGUAACAGUAAUCUGAACAGUCACUUCUCUACAAAUGAUUUUUUCUCGUAAAUGCUGACAUUCCCCUGUUUUAUAUAUUGUUAUUAGUAUUCCAGUUUUCUGGGAAACUAAAUUUCAUUAUUUUCAAACCAUAAUAUUAAUGGGAUACUUAUAUCUAUUUGUAUCUAAUGGAUUUAUUCAAAUAUGUGGGUUUCACUUUAGUUGAAUUACUAAAACUCUUUGAUAUAUCAACAUGCACCUGUAUAUCAUAUUUUACUGAACAUGUUCUGAUUUUUCACUUUAUGACGCCCAACUGAGACCAUUGACUGUUUAUCUAACCCGUAUAAAUUACAUGAAAUUACUGCCGUUUUCCUCUGUACAGUGUAAAAUCUUGAAUUCUAAAAUAAGAACAUUUUCUAUUUUGAUAUGUUUACAACUGUAACUGCGCGUUUUGUGACGGAUUUCAUCUGCAGGCCAGAGCCGGCCCAAAGUAUCAUGCAAAACAAAACGUCCGACACCUGACAUCUUCAAUGUUAUGUUCUGUAAAUUGGAGCAGAUCGACUGCGGCAAAAUUUAUGGAAUAGAUUAUUUUGUGAUUAAAUAAGUUAAAAUGUUAAAAGAAACCCACAUGGAUUUUUGUGUCUUCCGUUCUUUUUGUGCAUGUGGUACAAUCGACUUAUUUGUAAAUUUAAAGACGUAUGACCUUAUUUCAUCUUAUGUGUAUAAGUCACACUUUGUCCGCUGCCUUGGUCCGGCUCUGGUGCAGAAUCGCCAGUGGAGGAAUUGUGGGUAGUUUUUAAUCGCAGCAGGUCGUUUAGCAUGCCAUAACUCCUGCACAUACCUGCAUGCUCAAACUGUGUUGAAAAAUGUUAAACUUUUUAGACUUUUUAAAAACAAAGUACAACGCACUGAGUUUUGCCUGAUGUUCCAAAGUCAGUAUUUCCAGAACUUGAAUUUGUCUGUUUAAUUCUAUUUUAAUUUUUUCCAUAAACCACCAAAUAGUUCCAAAAUAAAAAGUAAAGUUCCAGGAAAUUGUUAGAAGGAGCUGAGAGAACUGCCUUUAAACUUUUAAUGGAAAUUCACUUUUAAAAAUGUUGAACUAUUCCUGUGGAGUUAUCGCAUAUUAACCCAGUCAUGAAUGUAGCAAUGCAGCACCUUGAGCAGAGUAGAAAUUUGGAACCACGUGGGAUUACUGUGAAUUUUUCAUGAACCAAACAUUACUGGAGUGCCUUUCUGUGCAGAGACUCGAUUAAACAUAACAUGACUCCUGCAAGUGCUACAGCCAUGGAUCCCAGCAUCCCAGACAGAUUACACAUUGGAAACUGACAUUGGUUUGAGUGCUCUCUAAUGGAAAAAGCAUGCUCUUGUAAAACUGGGAAAAACAAUUGUGUGAAUGUUUUUUAAAAAGAAAGUGAAUUUUCAUCUUGUACAUAAUUCCCCAGAUUCAUUUGGAAGUGCAAUUGUCCCAGAUAAAGACUAUCUUGAUAAAUAUCGUUCAACUUCUUAAAGCUCUGAGGCUGGCUUGGUGAUUUUGUUGGCUUGUUCUAUGGACUCGGCAGGUAUAUUGAUAUUCUUUAACAUUUCAAAUAUUUACGCCAUUUACUGCAUGACUGAACGACUUUGCACAUCCUAAACAUAUUCCAUGACCGCAUAACUGUACCUUAACCACACGUGUUUUGAGCACUUUCAUAAAGAAAGAGACCAAAACGAGUUUGAAAAAUCAAUUAAAAAAAAGUUUGAGUAAGAUGUACAUCCCUUCUAAAGAAAAACAACAAAAUAAAACUCAGCAGCAUGAACCGUAUUAAUAUUUUUGUUUUGAUGAAAAGCUUCAACUUGUACUCAUUCAUUGUAUUAAUAAAACGACAUCUGUCGCAAUCA